AGGCUGACGUGUGGGACCAAGCUCCUUUGUCUGCGAGAUCACCGGGGCCCCAGGUCUUCCAGCAUGGGUUGCUUGAGAAAGAAGGUCCUGUGUUUCCUCCUGGGUUUUGUGUCCAUAUAUGUGCAUGGCACUCCACUGCAGGAAAUGGGCUCAGCAGGGCAAAGAAAACCAUUUUUUGAGAGGCUCCGUCGACUAGAAGAGCAGUUUCGGAGGUUACAAGAGGUGACAUUAACACACCUGCAGGACAUUGCCAAAAACUACAAUGUGUCCUACCAUGUGGAUGCCCGCUUCCAGAGCCUGGCAGAAGAAAUGCAAGCUAUGGCAAUGGCUGUGAACCAGUCACAGGCCCUUGUGCAGGGGGACAUGGCCCACCUGAAAAGCUGGAUGAGGAAGACCCAGCGCAGGAGUCGGAAGGUGGACGCGCGGGUUCAGGCCUUGGGUGACGCCCUGAGUGAGAAGAGCAGGCAGUGGGGACAGGAGAGGAAGGAGCAGAGGGCGCAGAAGGAGGCUGCUGCAAGCCUGGCCCCAGAUGUGCAGGCCCUGCAGGAUUCACUGGCCAGGCUGGCUCAGCAAGUCCAAAGCCAAGGUGCCAGGCUGGCUGCUCUUGAGGGGCAGCUACAGACGGCCAACCCUGAUAGUGCCACUCCAGAGCUGCCCCCAGCCCAGCUUGUACAGCCAGGAUCCACCUCCCUGCAGCUGCAGAGAGACAGCCAGGCUCUCAGGCCUUCACCCCAGCUGGGGAGCUCCUCCCAGGACUUCACUGCCCAUCUCCAUGGAACAUGGAAGGUCCAAGCCCCAGGCAGCCAUCAGGCAGCCUCGGAGGAUGCUCCGCACCCAGCUUGGACCCACCAGGGAUCAGGAAAGAUUUGCAGCCUGGGCCCUGUGCUGGUUUUUCCCAAUGCCUCCACCGAGAACGCCAUCUUGCUCAGCCCCGGCUUCCUUACAGCCCUAAGAGCCCUGUCCAUCUGCAGCUGGGUACGCACCACCUCGGGCUACCUGGGCACACUCCUCUCCUAUGCGACUCAAGACAAUGACAACAAGCUGGUGCUGCAUGGCCGAGACUCCAUGCUCCCAGGCUCCAUCCAUUUCGUGAUUGGGGACCCAGCCUUCAGGGAGCUGUCCCUGCAACAGCUCCUGGAUGGUCAGUGGCACCACAUUUGUAUCAUCUGGACAGCCAUCGAAGGCAGGUACUGGCUCCAUGUGGACCGUAGGCUAGUGGCCACUGGCUCCCGCUUCAGGGAAGGCUAUGAGAUUCCUCCUGGGGGGUCUCUGGUGCUGGGCCAGGAGCAAGACACUGUGGGGGGUGGGUUUGACAGCUCUGAGGCCUUUGUGGGGAGCAUAUCUGGCUUGGCCAUCUGGAACCGGACACUGGUUUCUGGAGAAGUCGCCAACCUUGCCACCGGAAGAGAGCUCCCAACAGGUGCCAUCCUGACGCUGGCCAAUGCUGUGACUGUAGGCAGGUUCAUUCAGAGGCCUGCCUGCACCUGCCUAGAGCAAUGUCCCUGAGGCCACAACACAUAGAGAAUUCUCCACUCUGGGCCACGCCUGCGCCCCGCACGCUCUAUGAUAGGCCCCUGCUGUCUGAGCUGGGCUGUGCACACCGGGCUCUCGUGUGGGGAGCCCUCCUGUAGCACAGAUGUGGAGCCGAUGUGGGGGACAUGCAAUGGGGGCAAGGAGGCCACAGAUUGUUAUCUUCCCAUCCCUGUGACAUUCUUUUUAAGGUUUCACUGUGUAACCCAAGCUGGUCUUGAAUUCACUGUCCUCCAACCUCCCAAGUACAGGAUCACGGACACCUGGCUGUCGCCGCGAGGCUCUUGCUGGCUGCACCACAGCGCGGUCACCCUUCUCUGCAGUGCAGUGUUAUUUCACCCUGGCUGAGCAAGUGGGCAGAAGAGCUGGGCUUGGUCAAAGCCUCUCUUCUGAAGUGCCUUUGCCACCAUAAAAAGCAGGUGAGGGCUGGAGAGAUGG